UUCUACCAACCGAGUCGUACAGAACUGGGUUUGUUUUGUCGUCUUCCUCUCCCUGCAAAUCCCUCCCUAUGUAAAUCUCAUCAUCAUCAUCAAGAAGAUCAACAACAAUGGUCUCCUCCUCCCCCUUCUCUGCUUAAACCAGUUAGUCACCUCAUCUUCGCCCAAACAUGUUCAACACAUACACAACAAACUCAGCUCUAUGGCCGAGGAAUCACCACGCUUACUCCUCUUUGCUCCCCGACAGAUCUGAUUCUUACCGAUUCGCCAAACCAUCUAGAUCUUGUUGUUGUUGCUGCUGCUCGUACUCAACACCGUCCUUUGUUAAGCCUAAGGUAUCUAUAAACCCUGGAUUCGUGCUCUAUGGCCUCAGACAAUCCACUCUUAUCCAAUGGCCUACGAGAUUGAUGAUUGGAGUGGGUGUGGGUGGGAGCCGUCUUUUAGGUAGUGAAUACGAUGUGCAUUGUCGUGGUGUCACUAGAAUAAACCGAAGAUUUAGGGUUAGGGUUUCGGAUGAGUGUUGUGAUGAUAGAAGUUGCGCGGAUGAUGAUGUAGAGGCUAUGAUUUCGUUUUUAAGUGAGGAACUAAUUGAUGAUGAAGAUAGAACACGUAGUAGAGUUGAAGAGAAGAGGAAAGUGAGAAAGGUUGAUGCAUUUGGUAGGUUUAAGAGGGAGGAGAAGAGAAAUGGGGUUGUUAGAGAGAAUGUGAAGUUAGAGGAGGAGAAGUAUGAGUGUGAACAUUGUGGUGGUGGUGGGAGAAAGAAAAAGUCUCAGAUGGAGAGUGAGACUCGGCGUGGUUCUACUAAGUUGGUUACUACUGCUGGUGGGGACACUUAUAGGAGGAAGGAAGAAAGAGAAGUGAGACCAAGAAGGACAAAGAGUUCGAGCUGUUCGUCGUAUUAUUCUCUUGCUUCUUCAGGGGGUUUCGAGAGUGAAGCUGAAGAUGAAGAUGAAGAGGAGGAUGUGGAUGUGGAUCUGGAGUUUCGUCGCGAGAACUUGAGGAGUUCUGAGAAGAAGUUUGUUGAACAGUCAGCUAAAGGAAUGAAAUCUAGAAAGGAAGUCUCUCAGAUGGGUUCGAGGAGAAAGAGAGAGGAGAGUUCUGCUGGUGUGGGUUCGAGCUAUGGCAAGCAGCAGGUUUUUGAGGAAGGGGAAGCUUCAAACCAGGCAGUGAGUACGAACCAGAGAAGAAGAAGGAAGCAGAUUAGUCUAACUGGUAACAGAGUGUCUGAAUCGACGGGAAAUUAUGAAGAAGAUAUGGAAAUUCAUGAGAUCCAUGUUAACAAUGCGGAGACGAACUCCCAAAAGCAUGAGAUCGUUGGUGAAAGGGAGGACGAGAGAGUCCACUCUAUUGUCAAUGAUUCGGAAAGAGAAAAUAUUGAGAGCUCUCAUCAGCAGCAACUGAAGGAAAGAUUUGGUGCUCGUUAUAGCAGUAGUGAGGAAAGAGUGUCUGAAAUGCGGAGGAGAACCAAAUAUAGCGGUAGCCAGGAGGAAGGUAUACAUGUGCGCCAAAAUGUUCCAAAGCCGAUAAGUAAUCGGCAACCUCCGGUGGAGGAAAGGAUAUCUAUGCAAGGGGGUACGAGGAGGAGUACUGAGCGGUUAUCUGAAAGUUCAGAGAUCCAUGACACGAACAUCAAAAAUACAUAUGUCUCGCAAAGAGAAGACCAGACUAGAGACCAAGAAGUGCAUGCAGGCUUGGUUUUUGGUUUGCAAUCAGAAGGGAGGCAGCAAGAUUCUCGUAUUGAACAGAUAACCUCGCAAAAUAUGCAAUCCGAUACAACUUCUGUGUCUGUAUCUCAUACUAGUGAUGUAGUAAGGUAUACGGAGAUUGAGAGAAGAUCUGAGAAGAGGCUAAUUGGUAAAGGAAGUUGUACAACUGUGCAAUUGGACAGCAAAGCAGGAAAAAGCGGUGUUUGGAAAGACUCUAGGCUAGAUCAUGCUAACUCGACAAUAGGGUUGCAAAGUUCUCAUGGAAAGCUGUCUGAAGAGUCCUCAAAUUCACAAUCAUCUUUGACUUUGGUAUCUGGGAAUAGAUUGCAGCUGGUGGAUCUGGUUUCAGAGGAGAUGCAAGGAUCUGAAACAACACUGAUUCCUCCUACUUCUCAGCUAGUAAGCAGAGGCUCAGGACAAAGUCAUGGAAGUGGUGGAGCUUUCAUUCAAGAAAUUUCUCAAGGAACUUCAGAAACUGGUUAUCCCACAGCCUUUGAACAUCCAGGAGCAGGAGCUAUUGAUAAUACUCAGUCUGCUGGAGAACUGGUGAGACUUACAACACAGGAAGAUGCUCUAGGUUCUGCCCAACGGUUGGAACAGUCAUCGGAGAAAUUUGUUGGGGAGUUUGUGAAAAAGGCCAAGCAUGAAGCAUCAACUUCAGAGACUGAGGAGCGAAGAGCUGAAAGCAGUCAGUUGAAGAGACGGGACUCAAGGCGUUCAUCUGGUGGUUCAGGAGCAAAGGGACCUUCAGAUGAAAUGUGGGUCACAGAUUCUGCUCAGGGAACUCCUCAACCAGUACCCACAGAAGGCAGUGCAGCAGAGGGAAAUGCUAUUUUAAAAAGAAAUGGUAGGUCCUUGUGGACCGUUAUCGCUGAUAUUGCUCGGCUUAGGUGGGGCUCACGAGCUGGAAGCCCGACCUCGAGUGCAAAGCCCACUGGAAAGAGUUCACCCAACGAGUCAGUUAGCAGUGCAACAUGGUUUUCUGGACGUGAGCAUGACGGAAGCAGUGAGGAUAACACAAAAGCUGAAAGAGUUUCGCCACAAGAAGCUGCUCUCCCAGAUCAAUUGGCAGUUAGUCAAACUCCGUCCCAAUUUGAAUCUUCUGAUGCUAUAGAGCGGAAGCAGCAGUCUGGGAGGCAUGAAGGUGCAGUCUCUUCACCACCAUCCACAAUAUUAGAAGGUGGCUCUGCAUCUUAUCGCAUGCCUUCCACAUCCGGUAAUCAAAUUGUUGGCGUGAAUGAAGAUGAUGAAGGUAGAGAAUUUGAGUUUCGUCUCUCUGAAUCAACGUCGACAGAGGUGCCAAUGAGACUGCCUAGUCGGAACCUGAUUAGAUCUCCUGCUGUCAAGGAUCCAUCACAAUCUAGUGUACCUACCGAGCAAAACGUGACUGUGGGAGAAGGAAGACGCUACCAAGCUCCUGUUCCUGAAACCGAUGCAGAACAAAAGCCGUUAGUGUUUCCAGCUCGCAGCCUAAGGUCUCCUGUUGUAAAGAAACCUUCAAAAUCCCUCCCUAGCAUUGUAUCUGGCAGUAGUAGCUUAAGAGAGCAGGUGGAAAAACAACAGCCUCUAAGUGCAAAGUCUCAGGAAGAAACAGGUUCCACAUCGGCAGGCUCCCCAUUGACACAAAGGAAACUUCUGAGGAACAAACAGGUUGUGAGAGACAGUUUUGAAGAGUGGGAAGAAGCAUACAGAGUAGAAGCUGAAAGGCGAACAGUUGAUGAAAUAUUCAUGAAGGAAGCUUUAGUAGAAGCUAAGAAAGCUGCUGAUAUGUGGGAAGUACCUGUAGGGGCUGUGCUCGUCCAUGACGGGAAGAUUAUCGCUCGGGGUUAUAACCUGGUGGAGGAUCUUCGGGAUUCAACCGCCCAUGCAGAGAUGAUUUGCAUUCGAGAGGGUUCCAAAGCACUUCGUUCAUGGAGGCUUGCGGAUACAACACUUUAUGUAACACUAGAACCAUGUCCAAUGUGUGCGGGAGCAAUACUUCAAGCAAGGGUCAACACUCUCGUGUGGGGUGCUCCCAAUAAACUUCUCGGAGCAGAUGGCAGCUGGAUCAGGCUGUUUCCUGGAGGUGAAGGAAAUGGAUCAGAAGUAUCAGAAAAGCCACCGCCUCCAGUUCACCCGUUUCAUCCUAAGAUGACAAUCCGACGAGGAGUUCUGGAAUCAGAAUGUGCUCAGACAAUGCAGCAGUUUUUCCAGCUGAGGAGAAAGAAGAAAGACAAGGACUCAGAUCCACCCGCUCCUACCGACCAUCACCAUCAUCAUCAUCAUCAUCAUCCGUCGAAACUCCUCAACAAGAUGCAUCAAAUCUUACCCUUCUUCUGUCUAUAGAAGCUUUGCCUCCAAAUCCUCAAGUGUUCAUGUAUCUUUGACGCAGCCAAACCACGGUACAACUUUUGCAUCUGAUCUGUUCAGAGUUGUAUAUUUAUGUUCCACUGUCCUUUGUUACCGUCUAAAGACCAGGUUGGUUUAUUGUAAUGCCAGUGAUUGCAAUGUUAAUGCACACUUUCUGUUGAGAUUUGGGUUAUAUAAUCAUUUGUUAAAAAUGGUAAA